UUAAAAGAGUGAUUGAGAUGAAAGCUUCCACACAAUUCUCCCAGUAAAAUAUACAACAACUAAAGACCACAAGGAAAAACCACCUAUCAUCAGAAAGGACCAUGAAUAAAAAAAAGAUGCUGAAAGUGACUCAAUGUUAAGUUGUUACAGUACUAUCGACUCUAGACACAGCUUUGACAACUGGUAGAACUGUAAUAAAAUUUGUAUAAUAGCGGCAUCGAUUGAGUACGACAGCUGCUGAAGAACUCUAUAUGUAAUGACGCACGGAAAACUAGUGACAGAUUACCUUUGUCAAGAAGGAAAUGUUGGCACUUGAUGAAAAAGAACACUCAGUGUCUACAUAAGGGCACGUUAGGGGCCUUCAACUGUAAGAUAGCACCGAUGUGACAUGGCAAACCAGGGCUCAGGUCACGCAGAGAACCGGGAGGGUUACAGGUCAGCCAAAAAGUUCUUGACGCCUUACGGAAGCGGAUUCGAAAAGUCACCAAGUCUGCAAAAGCUGCCCCAGCAGAGCUCCACCGAGACAAGUGGUCUGGGAGAGACAUUAACAUCGGGAUUCUCUUCACAGGAAAGCAUACGUAGUACACAGAGCUACACAGGUGAGAGAUCCGCCUGUGAUGUAAUUGUAGCUUCAGAUCAAUGUCGAUCAGGCAGGGCUCCAAAAGUUUUCUCUCCAAGAGUUACCAUGAAAGGUGAAAGCGACAAAAAACCAUUAAUUCACACGGAUCAAUCCACCUCAGAUGAAUUAAGAAUGGGCAGGAGCAUGCAGGCUCCAGCUGGUAGCGCUGCCACCGAUAAUUUCGACAAAUUGUUUGAGAAUCCACCAACUUCCCAAAAUACAUUUCGUGGACUUCAUGUAGAGGAUAUUGACAAAAACUGGGACAGAAGAGGAUCUGAAAAAAGUCACCAUUCUUCCAGGAGGGAAUCGUUUCGAAAUAAGGAUCAUGAUCCAAAAUUUCUUGGCAAAAAUUUGGAGUCUACAUGGACAAAAUGGUCUAAAGAAAGGAGAGCCUCAACGGAGAGAAAACUCUGUCCCACAGAGGACGAACCUCCUAUAGAACGUUCAACGACCCCGGUUAAAAAAGCCUUAUUAGAAAGCACUCAAUUUGUGCACCCAGACCUAGAAAAAUACCACAUAACUGAAGAGGAUAAGCAUUAUAUUCAAAGACACCGCCAACAACGAUAUGCAACAUAUCAUGUAAUUGAAAAAUCAAAAAAGGGUAAAAGACACCCCCACGAACCUGCAGAGAUUAUUCUGACGGAAAAACAAUGGACGAUUUUGUCUGAAUUUUGGGAGCAUCGGACAUUCUCACGAUCUCGAUAUGUGGCCAUGUUUCUCGGAUUUACGACGACAAUAUUAAUGAUUGCUAGCAUAUGUAGCAAUUGGAUUCAAUACUCUUUCCUGGCGGAGGGAGGAAACAUGACGCUGGCCUUCAGUGAAGGUUUGUUCUCCAACUGCUCUCGAACUCUGUUUCCAGAGGAGGAAAGGGAUCCCCAUUUUACGUGUAUGACGUACAACAUCGUAACGUCAAGUAGAGGCUGGCAAAAUGCCGUGAUCGGCUUAAUGAUUUUCUCAGCUUCCUUUGGAUUCAUCGCUUCCAUUUUAGCCGUCUGUGGAGUUUGCACGUCACCACUGCCCAAAAAGAUUUAUUACUUCCAUUCCUCGGGAGAAAUAUUCUUAGUCUGUGCGAUAAGCACAGGUGCUGCCUUAAUCAUUUACCCGGUUGCCAUGGAAUCAAACGAUUCGUCCUCGUCUCACCAAUACGGCCCGGGGUACGGGCUAGGGUGGGGCAGUGCCUUCUUCUUUUUAGCCGCCGCUUUUUGUAUGAGUCUGGAUGACUUAGUUAGAGAGUCCGCCAAGGCCAAAAUUUGUCGACUUUGUUUCAAGUCUCGCCAAGGAGACAGACGAGAACAGUCAGUAUGAUGUCACUUCCGGAGCUUCGAAUCGUUGCUUCCAACUAAUGGUGGAUGUGUGUUCACAGUAUGACAAUAUAAAGUCUGAUCAAGGGUGCAUUCAUUGCAAUUCAUUGCCAAUUCAAGAAAAGAAAACACCUUUCAAAAUGGAAUCAAAAUAUUGGAUCUUUGAAAUAUCGAAAUAUAAAAGAAAGGAUAUGCAUGAUCUAGAAUUAUUCUGUUAUCUUCUGUGUCUGUUUCAGUUCUAGGCAAGUUAAUACGACUGGCAAAUUAAUUGUUGUGAAUAUAUAAUUCUUUCCAGAUAACUAACCAGCUUCGUAUUUAAAUAAAAGUCAAUAAAUACUACCAUUUACGAACGGUAACUCGAGUAUCUAAUUAUAUUUCUGCGAAUACUCAAGAAAUUGAGCUGAAUUAUUUUAUGAGGCAGACUAGGCAUGCUAGGGUAGUUCAGUUGCAGAAUAUGGCCAUUGUCUUCAGUUACCGAAGAUGCCUCGCUAAAGCAAUAUUUCACAAGGAAAAUCAUUAUAGUCUGUCCCACGACAAAUUCCGAAGAAUAAAAAAAAAAAAAUAAAGGAUCCCCUUUCGAAGUGGCAGCCAUUUUAGCAAUGUGAAAUCCCCGCAGACUUUGAAUUUGCCGCUGUGUGUAUAUACACCGGUUGACCUCGAGGGUUCGUAUAAAUGCAGAAAGUUUGGAAAAAAAUCAAUCUGCCAAUCGGACGUAGGUUGAAGACCAAGGUAUUUAUUUUGAGAUAUUUUGCAAAAAGUAGUUACGUUCCGGUCGUUGGACAGACUAUACACAUAGUAAAUCUUAUACUACACUUACAGCAACAUAUACAUGUAUUACAUCUAUUAGUAUACACUGAAUGUAUUUCUAACCAGUAUGUCUUUUGUACAAAUAGACUUAAUAUGGCAUUUUAAUUCCUAGUCCUGUUUUAUUAUUACCGACAACGGUAGCACAUCGUAUAUAUUUUCAAGAAGUGCCGAAUGUAUCUACGGUGAAUUUAUAUUAACCAUCGACUACAAAUUAUGUGUACAAAGUUGGCAUUUUCUUCUUUAAAUUAUUCCAUUUACCAAUUGGUUUCACGUUUCUGGUCCUUGGUUUCAUUUGUUAUCAAAGUUUGCAAGAAAAUUGUCAUUUACUAAACGGGAACUUCAUUCACCUUUUAAUUAACCUUUCACAUUUUUAAAAAAAAAAGUUUACCCAAUUUAAUUAACCUUUCGCAUUUUUUCACGUAAUCUUACACUUUGUAAGGCUUUGCCUAUUAGCCUACACAUUUUGCAUGUGCAUUGUAUUUCGUUACAUCCCACUGAAAAAGUCGUGCACAAUGGAAAAACUCAUUAAAUGUAAUUUUCAAGUAUUCUACGCAAAACUUUUCUAAGAUAUCCACGAUGACUCAAUGUAAGAUGAUCAUUCGCAUUCAUUAAAACUCGAUGUAAGGCACGCAUUGUAGGAGAUAUAUAUCUCACUAUAGGAUAUUCAUCAUUGAUUCCCAAUUUUAUAAGAUUAUAAACACUUCAUUAAUUAUUUUAACGCAUAUCCUGGUAAAUCAA